CAGGUUUCUAUUUGCAUUCCCGCAUGCACUUCUUUGGGGUCUAUACCUAAAAUUGGGAUUUCUGGAUCAUAUGGUAGUUCUAUGUUCAACUUUUUUAGGAUCGCCAAACCAUUUUACACAGUAUCUCUACCAUUUUACAUUCCCACCAGCAAUGGAUCAGGGUUCUAAUUUCUCCACAAUUACAAUUAUCUUAUGUAUUAACGACUUAGUCCUCAUAUCAAGGCAGAACAAUUGAAUGAAGCAUAGUUUAAUAAAAAUCAGAAAGACUUUGGCAUCCAACAGAUGUGGUUUGGGUUCAUAAUCAGCCAUGUAACUGCUGUUCUUUAACUUCUCUGAGCCCAAUUUCCUUACCGAUACAACUGAGAUAUGAGGACCUAAACCAUGCAGUAGAAUAUGUAAACUAUCUGUCAUGUAGGUAGUCCUUAAUACAUGUUAGCUCUUCUCUCCUCUCUCAAAUUUGAACAAGGCAAGAAACACUCAUAAAGAGUAGGAAAAUUAUUAAAUUCAUUAGCCUGCAUUUUAAGUGUAAAUAUCUUUUUAAAGUUUUUAUAAAUUCACAUGUCUGUAUUAUUUAGUGAAAUCAUGAUCAAUGGGGCAUGUUUCUAAAAUUUUAGCUAUUUUCAGGAAUAUGACUGUCUUCCAAAAUGUGUCUUUUGGUAGUUCCUUCAGGAACUGAGUAGCUCACGUUUCUGACUUUGCAUGGCUUUUCUGUACAUGUAAAAGCCAAAUAGAGAAAUACCAAUUCCUUCAUAAGCUGAUCCAGACCCAUCCCAGAGAUUAGGUUCUACCAUUCUUCUUUAUGUCUUUAUUCCUAGAAAACGCAAGGCCCUUCCUCUUCCAACUGAGAUAGUGACUUUUUCUCUCUCCUUGACACUGAGACGAAAUCUGAACAACAAAUCCAGAAUCUGACUCUUUCAAUCAAGAAUCUCUCUCCAUGUUCAUAGCUGAGCACUUAUGCCUAUACGUAUGACUGGAGGAAAUGGGACAAGAGUAAGUGACUUUAUCCUUAUGAGCUUCUCUUCCCUACCUACUGAAAUACAGUCAUUACUCUUCAUGACAUUUCUGGUCUUUUACCUCAUCACUCUGACAGGAAAUAGCCUCAUCAUUCUGGUUACCUUGACUGACCCCAUGUUGCACAGUCCCAUGUACUUCUUCCUUAGGAAUUUGUCCUUCUUAGAGAUUGUCUUCAACCUAGUCAUUGUACCCAAGAUGCUGGGAACUCUGCUUGCCCGAGACACAAGCAUCUCCUUCCUUGGCUGUGCUACUCAGAUGUACUUCUUCUUCUUCUUUGGGGUGGAUGAAUGCGCCCUCCUGGCCACCAUGGCAUAUGACCGCUAUGUAGCCAUUUGCGACCCGCUGCACUACCCAAUCAUCAUGAACCAAAGGACCUGUGCCAAACUGGCUGCUGCCUCCUGGUUUCCAGGCUUUCCUGUAGGUAUUGUGCAGACCAUGUGGCUCUUCAGCUUUCCAUUCUGUGGCACCAACAAGGUGAACCACUUCUUCUGUGACAGCCCACCUGUCCUAAGUCUGGUCUGUGCAAACACAGCAAUGUUUGAGAUCUAUGCCAUCAUUGGAACUAUUCUGUUUGUCAUGAUACCCUGCAUGCUGAUCCUAUGCUCCUAUACUUGCAUAGCUGCUGCCAUCCUUAAGAUUCCCUCAGCAAAAGGGAAGCGAAAAGCCUUCUCUACCUGUUCAUCCCACCUCCUUGUUGUCUCCCUUUUCUAUGUAUCCUUAAGCCUCACCUACUUUCGACCUAAGUCUAAUAAUUCCCCUGAGAGCAAGAAGCUGCUGUCAUUGUCACAUACUGUUGUGACUCCCAUGUUGAACCCCAUCAUCUAUAGCCUGAGAAAUAAUGAGGUGAAGAAUGCCCUCAGCCAGAACUUCCACAAGGCUAUCAACCUCAGAAACUGCAUUCUAUAG